AUGGUGGGUGAAUUUAAGGAGAAUUCUAUGAACAACGAGAUUGUUGGUCCCCUGCCGGUGAAAGAAAUAGUGGUGCAUUUUGCAACAUCUCAUCCUGAGGCUGCUAAUGCAUCAAAAAAUUCAUUAUUUGUGCCAAUAUCUAAAAGUUUGUAUGAAGAAAUUAGUGAGCCAUGGAAGAAUGCAAUAAUUUUUAAAUCGAUUGGCAGAUCGUUUGCCAAAGAGUUUCUGAAGGAACAAGUUCAAAAAUUAUGGAAGGUAAAAAUCCACCAUGAAAUCACUGCAAUGGGGAAGGGUUUUUAUGCGAUGAAAUGUGCGUCCACUGUCGAAAGAGCAAAUAUUCUUGCUGAUGGACCUUGGUUUAUCCAGGGAACUCAUGUGUGGGUGCAAGGGUGGGAACCCGGUUUUAAACCUUCCCAGGCAAAGUGUAAAGCAGGAGUUGUAUGGAUCUCACUCCCUGAGCUUCCUUUAGAAUUUUACCAAAAGGAAAUCUUGAGUAAUAUUGGAAAUGCCAUGGGAGAGACCAUUCGAAUUGAUGCGAGAUCACUUGAAAGUGAAAAUAAACGGUAUGCGAAGUUGUGUGUUCUUGUUAAGGAAGGUGUUAGUGCCCCUAAAGGAGUAUGGUUGGGUAGUUACUACCAAGACAUUGAAAUUAUGGAAGGGGCUUGGUAUUGUUUAAAGUGUAAGUCCUUUGGCCAUGCAGGAACCAUGUGCGUAGAAAGUAAAGCUGCAUGUAAUGUUCAUGGAGAAUCCAAGGAGGAGGAUUUGCAUGAGGAGGGGGCAGCUUGGAGAGGAGUUUCUAAACCUCCAAAUGUAUGUGUCCGGGUCCGGUCUAUUUCCCGCUCACCUCCCUCAACUACAAAACGUCACACAUCUCCCGGAAGUGGCCAUAAUAGUUUUGCAAUGGCUCUUAAGGAAAGAGGACGGAGUCGAUGCCGACGAAAGGCAAGUUCUUCACAAUCUCGGGCCGUGGUUGGACCCCAAAACACUACUCCCCCAUUGGAGACAGCAGCUGCAACUUCGAAACAGUACCGUGAGAGUGAAGAUGACCAGCAACUCAAAUGCCCUCACUCUUGUAAAAGUCCUACCAAUGCUGAAACAAGCAACAAUAUCGGCAAAUUGGGGAGAGGGCAGCGAACAAAAUGGGCCAAGGGUAGCCGAAGUUACUCUCAAUCCAAAGAGAAGCUAUUGGAUUUGCCCCACAACUCGCGAAGCAGUGAUCCCGUGGGUAGCCGACGAAACCGAGGUGGUGCGCUGCCUGAAGAACACCCCCUACCUUCCCUAUAA